AUGUCCCCAAAGCUAUUCCCUUACCUCAUCUUACUAACACUUGCAUCCAUCUAUCUCUUCUCUUCUCUCAUCUCUCUCCACACACCUUCUUCUUCAACCUCACAAUUACUUUCAAUCUCCAACUGCAACUUCUUUAAAGGCAAAUGGGUUUUCGAUCCAAAUCACACCCCACUCUACGACGACACGUGUCCCUUCCAUCGAAACGCAUGGAAUUGCAUCAGAAACCAGAGGGGAAAUCUGAGCUUGAUCAAUUCGUGGAAAUGGGUUCCACGUGGCUGCCAUUUGCCUCGGAUCGACCCGUUUCGGUUUCUUGGUGUGAUGAGAAAUAACAACGUUGGGUUUGUUGGGGAUUCGCUCAAUGAGAAUUUCUUGGUUUCGUUUUUGUGUAUUCUUAGGGUUGCUGAUGAGGGUGCACGGAAGUGGAAAAAGAAGGGUGCUUGGAGAGGUGCUUAUUUUCCCAAAUUCAAUGUCACCGUUGCUUAUCAUCGUGCGGUUUUGCUCUCCAAAUAUCAGUGGCAGCCAAAGCAAUCUGAAGCUGGGAUACAAGAUGGGUCAGAAGGUAUUCAUCGAGUUGACGUUGAUGUUCCUGCAGAUGAAUGGGCUAAGAUUGCAGGUUUCUAUGAUGUCCUGCUGUUUAAUACUGGUCACUGGUGGAAUUUUGACAAAUUCCCAAAGGAGAAGCCUCUUGUCUUCUAUAAAGCAGGAAAACCAAUAGUUCCUCCACCUGAGAUGUUGGAUGGACUUGAAAUUGUUAUUGGUAACAUGAUUGCAUACAUUGAAAAAGAAUUUCCUAGAAACACACUUAAGUUCUGGCGUUUAGUAUCCCCAAGGCACUUUUACGGUGGAGAUUGGAAUCAAAAUGGUAGUUGCUUGUUCAACAAGCCACUUGAAGAGAAUGAGCUUGACUUAUGGUUUGAACCCAGGAAUAACGGAGUUAACAAGGAAGCAAGACAGAUGAAUUCUGUGAUUCAAAAGGUAUUACAAGGCACAAACAUCCAAUUAGUUGACUUUACACAUUUAAGUGAGUUUAGAGCUGAUGCUCAUCCAGCAAUAUGGCUAGGAAAGAAAGAUGCAGUUGCAAUUUGGGGUCAGGAUUGCUUGCAUUGGUGUCUGCCAGGUCUUCCUGACACAUGGGUUGAUAUUUUAUCUCAACUGAUCCUUGAUGGUCAUGGAAGAACUGGUAGGUUGUAA